AGUGCGCAGGCGCGAGCGUUCGGAGCUCGCGGCGCGCGGCGCUCGGUUGAAGCGGGAGUGAGUUCUGGGCGCGGAGACCCGGCAGCGGGCGAGCGAGCGGGUGACCGGGCGCCUCCUCUGCAGCCAUGGCAGCCCUGCGCUACGCGGGCCUGGACGACACGGACAGCGAGGACGAGCUGCCCCCGGGCUGGGAGCAGAGAACUACCAAGGACGGCUGGGUUUACUAUGCCAAUCACACGGAAGAGAAGACUCAGUGGGAACAUCCGAAAACUGGAAAAAGAAAGCGAAUAGCAGGAGAUUUGCCCUAUGGAUGGGAACAAGAAACUGAUGAGAAUGGACAAGUGUUUUUUGUCGACCACAUAAAUAAAAGAACUACCUACUUGGACCCAAGACUGGCAUUUACUGUGGACGAUAAUCCUACAAAGCCAACCACCAGGCAGAGAUACGACAGCAGCACAACCGCCAUGGAAAUCCUCCAGGGCCGGGAUUUCAGUGGCAAAGUGGUCGUGGUUACCGGAGCGAAUUCAGGAAUAGGGUUUGAAACCGCCAAAACUUUUGCCCUCCAUGGUGCACAUGUGAUCCUGGCCUGCAGGAACAUGACAAGAGCCAAUGAAGCCGUGUCACGCAUUUUAGGAGAAUGGCAUAAAGCCAAGGUAGAAGCAAUGACCCUGGACCUCGCUCUGCUGCAUAGCGUGCAGCGUUUCGCUCAAGCGUUCAAGGCCAAGAAUGUGUCGCUUCACGUGCUCGUGUGCAAUGCAGCCGUGUUCGCUCUCCCCUGGAGCCUCACGAAGGACGGCCUGGAGACCACUUUCCAGGUGAACCACCUGGGCCACUUCUACCUCGUCCAGCUCCUCCAGGACGUCUUGUGCUGCUCAGCCCCUGCCCGGGUCGUCGUGGUCUCCUCGGAGUCCCAUAGAUUUACAGAUAUUAAUGAUUCCUCUGGAAAACUAGACUUCAGCCGCCUUUCUCCAUUGAAAAAUGACUACUGGGCCAUGCUGGCUUACAACCGGUCCAAACUCUGUAACAUCCUCUUCUCCAGCGAACUCCACCGCCGCCUGUCCCCGCGUGGGGUCACGUCGAACGCGGUGCACCCCGGGAACAUGAUGUACUCCUCCUUGCAUCGAGGCUGGUGGGUGUACACGCUGCUCUUCACCUUGGCCAGACCCUUCACCAAGUCCAUGCAACAAGGAGCCGCCACCACCGUCUACUGUGCCGCCGCUCCAGAACUGGAGGGUCUGGGAGGGAUGUACUUCAACAACUGCUGCCGCUGCAUGCCCUCGACGGAAGCCCAGAGCGAAGACACGGCCCGGGCCCUGUGGGCGCUCAGCGAGAGGCUGAUCCAGGAAGGACUUGGCAGCCCGUCCGGCUAAGCGGGCGCUCGGCAAGGAUCGGCACGCAUGCCCCCCACGCGCCAGCGCUCGGGCGUAACUGCCAACGCUGGACCCCUUCCACCUUAUCGUCCCGGGGCUUUUCCAAGUCCCUCCGACCCAGAUCCGCCAGAGUCAAGCAUGUAAGAGUCGUCACAACAGAGCGCAAAAUGUUAGGUACCAAUGGGAAGCAGGGAAUUCUGGGGGGUAAAGGAACGACACGUCUCUCCUGGGGCUGGGUUAGGCUCGGGCCCCUCUGCUCCCCUGGUGAUGGCCUGUUUGAAAGGGAAGCUUAGUUGCGCGGUAGGUUCUUCGCCUCACGGUAGAAGCACGAGCCAUUCUCACGGUGUUAGGACAGCCCAGGGCCCCACUCCCCCGCCCCAGGCACAGCCUCCGCGGCCACACUGUAGCCAGGAGCUGGCUUCUUCUUAUUUAGGGAAGAGAAAAGCCAGUGUUUAUCCUGCGCUGCACUCAUCCAGGAGAUAACCGUUUCCUUCAGCCUGAUCAAGUCGGAGUGGGCUUGGCAACUACUGGAGAGAGGACCCUCUGAACCUUGCUCCAGCCGAGACGGAGGUGACACUUAGAAAUGGGUGGGAUAGACACAAUUACUGGGUCGCCAAGUACCGGUCCACCGACUCCCUGGCCAAAGCUAUACAAAAGGUCCUUUAGCGAUUAUAACAAACAAAUUUUGCAAAUCACUCCCUAGAUACCUUGACAGGCAGGAAAGGAAGUCUUGCACCCUUACAGGAUAUUUGGGGGACGGGGGAUAAAAAGCCGUUCCCCCCAUUCUUCACUCACAGUUUCGGGAAACAACACCAUCGCGGAGGUUCACCGCCCCUCAGUGUGUCUGUUCAGCAUCCUGCCUCCAUGUCCUCUCGUUCCUCUCACCCUACGCUUAAUAAAACAACAUGCUUGAA